CCGUCCCCUUCUCGACCGAUGAGGACCCGAUGGCCUGGAUGACGUGCUUCGCCUUUGGGUCCUUGCGCUCCAUGACCAGGUCCUGGACGAACCAGGACGAGAUCAGGCCCGUGGCGACGAUGCCCCAGCGGAGGGUGGGAAGUUCAUUCUGGAUGUCGACCAUUUUGUGCUGCUGGGUUCCAGUUUGGGAAGCUGGGUGUUGCUACUAUCAUUCCUGUGUUGGCGGAUCUGAUUGUAUCCAGGACUACAUCCCGCCCAAAGACUCCCCGCACACACGGACAACGGCAUUUACCUCGGGGAGGUGGCACCAGCUAGAACACCACCACCCACAGCCGCCCUCGAAUUGCCUUCCAAAGCACCGGGGAGAUUCCUAGAGACACAUAACAUUCCCCGACGGAUGCGGGGCAUGAGCUCCACAAAUGUCCUUGUCGUAUAUACUCGGGACGUUAGUACGUCGACAUGGACAAGACAGGCAGCGACGGCGCCGGUCCGGUCCUCCGGGUCGGCAUCGUCGGGUGCGGGGAGAUCAGCUAGGUGGCGCACAUCCCCAACAUCAACUUCCUGUUCCACCUGUUCCGGACGGCGUAUCUGUGCGACAUCUCGCGGCAGGCGCUCGCCCACUGCGCCGGAAGGGUGGCCGGCGGGGUGAGCCCCAAGACCACGACGGACGCCGCCGAGCUCUGCGCCUCGCCCGACGUCGACGUGGUGCUCAUCGCCAACGCGGGACGCGUACCACGUCGAGCACGGCGUCCUGGCCCUGCGGCACGGCAAAGCACUGCCUGAUCGAGAAGCCGGCGGCGCUGUGCUUCCGCGACAUCGACAGGCUGGUGGCGGCCGAGAAGGAGGCCGCUGCAGCUGCUACGACUAACAACAAGGUGGUGGCACCCCGCGUCUUCGUCCUGGACGCCGUCGAGGAGGUCGGCAGCAUGGACCGCGUCACGCUGGGAACGCACGACCUUUCCGCCAUGCGCGAGAUGCUCGGCAUGCCCGUCGGCGUCGCGGGCGCGACGCUGACGCUGCCAGGGGUCUUUUGCGUGCUCUUCGACUACGGCCGCUUCGGCGUGACGUACGAGUCGGGCCUCAACGGCGUGCCCGACCUUGACGCGCACAUCGAGGUCUACUCGGCCGACAAGAUCGUCCGGGUCGAGUUCGACAGCCCCUACGUCAAGGGCCUGCCGACGACCAUGGCGGUCCGGGAGAGGGCCCCCGGCGCCGACGGCGGGUUCCAGGAGAGGCGGGUCCGCAGGACCUACACCGACGCCUACACGCUGGAGUUGCAGGAGCUGUACCGGUGCGUCGUCGAGGGCAGGGAGGUCAAGACGAGCGCGGCUGAUGCCAGGAAGGACAUUGAGCUGUUCCAGAUGAUUUUGCGGGCCGAGGCUGCAAAACUUCAGGGCAGCGCAUAAUAUUAUAGCAACUAGCUUAAUGGUGGGGUGUCAUUGGCCAAAAGCCGGAUCCCAUUUUCUCAUUUUCUCUCCCAAGUCCUCACCAUGACAAGAAAGAGACGGUAACCCCACU